CUAGACAAUGUACACGUAAAUUGCCGUGCAAUUUUCGCUUGCCCUAAAUGCUUGUACUUUGUAGGCCUAACAACAAUUCUGUUUCAACGAGAUUUAGCCAGCAUCAGAAAGAACAGUAUCUGCUGUUUAGUGAAGGACUUGAUGACGCAGCACAUUAGUGCCUUGAUACACCAUGGCAACUGCAUCAGAAAUCGCUGCCAAAAAUGCUCUCAUCCAGUCUACAGCUGGUGCUAUCCCCUUCGUCAAUGAGAAGGGGGAGGUGAGCAUGCAGAAAGUGAAAGUCAAGAGAUAUGUGACAGGAAAAAGGCCAGACUAUGCACCCGACAGUAGCAGUGAUGAAGAGGAUAAUGUAGAAGUUCCUUUUGUUCGGAAGUCAAAGAGCAGUGCUGGGGCAGUGCCUUCCUCAAAGGAACCUGACGAAGAGGCUGACUCUAGACUGCGGCGACUGCGGGAUCGAGAACAGGACAUCGAGGGUGACGUUGUUGAGAGAAUUGCAAGGCACCGCCAUGUCCACGGUCCUGAGGUCCUCGAUGAGGGAGAACUAGAGCCAGAGGAUGAGGAUGAGGUGGAUGAAGAUGAAGACAGCGACCGAGACUAUGCCUCACGGCGAAGAAUGCAUGUAGUCCAUCGUAUGGAGGCAGAAGAGAGCAGCUCAGAUGAGGAAGAAGAACUAGAUGAAGAGGAGAUUGAGAGACGGCGAGCCAUCAUGCGAGAGAGGGCACAAGGACGUGGAACAGCCAGGGAAGAUGAGGAACUUCUUGGGGUAGAGGAAGAUGACGACGUAGGAGACAAAGAGGCAGUAGGAGAUGAAGAGGAGGAAGAAGAUUCUGAAUAUGAAGAAUACACGGAUUCUGAGGAAGAGUCAGGGCCCAGGUUAAAACCAGUCUUUGUUGCAAGGAAGGACAGAGUGACCGUGCAGGAGAAGGAAAUGGCAGCCCAGAAAGAGCAGGAAAUUGAAGAGAUGGACAAACUAAAAAUAGAAGAACGACGAAAGGAGACACUCAGAUUAGUGGAGAAAACCAAUCGGCAGGAGUUGGAGUUGGAGGCAGAGUCCUCAGUCAAGGAGGCUAACCUGAAUAGUGUCAACACGGAUGAUGAGAAUGAUGAGGAAGAGUAUGAAACCUGGCAGGUACGAGAGCUGAAACGUAUCAAGAGAGACAGGGAACAACGUGAGCAACUCCAGAAGGAGCUAGCAGAGGCAGAGCGUCUACGUAAUAUGACAGAGGAGGAACGUCGUAAUGAGCUGAGGGUUAACCCCAAAACCAUCACCAACAAGGCAGUCAAAGGUCGCUACAAGUUUCUACAGCGAUACUACCACAGAGGUGCUUUCUUCUUGGAUGAAGAAGACCAGAUUUACCAGCGAGAUGUUGCUAAGCCCACUCUGGAAGACCACUUUGAUAAGACAGUCCUGCCUAAAGUCAUGCAGGUCAAGAACUUUGGUCGGUCUGGGCGCACCAAGUACACUCAUCUGGUGGAUCAGGACACUACUGAGGUUGAUGCACCUUGGAUGCAAGACUCUGCCAUCAGUCGCAAAUUCCAGGCCACUGCUGCUGGUGGAAUGAAGCAGAGCUUUGAGAAGCCCACUAAAUCACGGAAGACAACAUCUACGUAGUUUUAGCAGUGUGGUACUUCAUGACAAAUCUGUCUUUUGGUUUUUUUGUGUGUAAAACUAUCGAAAUACUCAGCCAACACAGCCCUAUUUCAUGGAGCAUAUAAAUUUGUUAAGUGCAGAAAAUACUUUUGCCAAGCCCCAAAAAAGUGAAGCAGCCCAAAUGCGAAUGGGGUGUAAUUCCCAAUAGACCGUAUUCACGGCGUCCCCAAUUUCAGUCGUAUUCCUGAAUGUACAAUUUCAAUUUGAAACCUGUAAUGGGAUGGUACCAGGUGAUU